AUGACGAGGUCAAAUAAAGGCAAUCUAAAUGUAGUGGAAGAGCUCUACAACCAGAUUCCAGCAUUUACAGAUGUAUUUUCUGAAGAUACAUUUUACAUAUUUGUUGUAUUCUUUGUAAUGUCAACAAUAUUGGUUGCUUUUAUUCUGUCUAAGUUCAUUACUAUCAAACCUGUAGAAUAGUUGUUAGAAUGUAUGGAUAAAUAUUUAUGUUUAAAAUUACAGUAAAGUUUAAAAAUGUAUCAAUUUACAUAUAAAUAAAACAGUACCUUUAUUAAUUACAAAA